UCGGUUCCGGUUCGGUUCGGUUCCGGUUCUACGGUUCUGAUACGGAUCCCUAACACCAGCUGUGGGUUGUCCUUACAAGAGCCCCACUCCUCAGGCCAAGAAGAAGAGGAGUCUGUGGUAGAAACAGAUGAAGCCAGUGGCCCAGACACUAUAGAAACAGCACAGGCUGUUGUGGCGGACCCGGGGCUUCUCACAUGGAUGCGUGAAAACGAUGUUCGCGAGGGGUCAUCCUUAGUGGUGCAAGGGCGCCUCACAAUCAAGAAUUAUCUGAACAGACGGGGCGCAUGGGCACCAAGUUACUCAAUAACAGCAGAGAAAUUGGCACUAGCGGUCAAUGUCGGUUUCGUGGUAGACCGCGUGGUCGAGGGUGAGCGGCCAGUGAACCGCAAUGCGACGGUCGAAUCGACGCGCCAGCGUUUGUUUGCCGAUAAGGUACUGCGCCAGGACUUCAGCGAUGAGUUCAUUGCUGAAAUCCGCCAAGGGCAAACGGCGGCACACGACCAGGUCUUUGUCCGGCAAUUCCAGGAGCACUUCCCACGUAGUGCUCUUGGGUUGGAGAAUUCUGCGGUUUUGGCGCUUGCAGAGUCGUUCUCCAGCAGCCACCGCAAAAUGCUUUUGUUCGGUGAACCUGCCCGAAUGACGCCGCAAGUUCUCCGGACGGUGCUCGUCAACUCGCCGGUCCUCUUUGAGCAAGGUCACCUCACGCAGACAAUGCUGAUAGCGUUUUUAGACGCUAUGUUUUUCAGCAUUGCGCAGAGCGCAUCCGAGUCCACGAGCGCAUCUACAGCAACAGACGAUGUAGUAAUGCGUACGGCAUAGUGCGCUUUGCAGUGUCAAGUUUUUUUUUCCGCCUUGGUUUUUUCUUGCCACCCCUACCAUCUCUUUUCUUCACUCCCUCACAGCACACAUAUAAAAUAGUAUAUCUCUUUCUUUGUCUUUGUCUUUCUUUUUGUCUUUAUUUCGGUUUUACAAAUAAACUAUGACACACAACAUUUU